AUGGAGCCGGCGCUGGGCCCGCAGUUCGAGGAUUCGCUGUUCGCGCCGGGCCGGGAGCGGCGGGCGGGCGGCGGCGGCGCCCCGCGCGGCGCCAGGCACUGCGAGCCCCGCGUGAGGAGCCGGGGCGGCGGGAGCGCGGCUGACGCCGGGGCAGGCGCCUGCGGGAUCACGAGCAGCAAGUUCCGGGCGGACUGGGCGUUCCGGCAGCGGCACUUCGAGAAAGCCCUUCGUGAAUACUCAGACUGCCUGCUACUCUUACCUGCCAGCAACGUUGCAAUGAGGCGUGAUGUCCAGGAGGGCCAGGCUCGGUGUUUAUCUCACCUGGGAAGGCACAAGGAGGCUCUGGAUAUUGCAGAAAAAAUGAGAAACAGCGCUACUAACACAGAUCACUUAACGACGGUUCUCAACCUGCAGUUUGCCAUUUACCAGGGUCUGGAAAAUGUAGAAAAAAAGAUGUUGAGUCUGCAGCAACUGAUCUGUUUACAUCCUUUCAAUCCCUGGUUCUGGAAGUUACUUGCUGAAGCUUAUAUGAGCCUUCUACAGAAUUUGUCUUCAUUGGUCAUUCCAGAAGCAAAUCUAAAUCAGUCUGAAGAGGUUUGUGUAAAUAAUAGCAGUUUCAAAACAUUAGCUGGCAGAGAGAUUAAUUUGCAGCCUCACAGAUCAGAGGGCCAGAAAGAAGGCCCUUGGUUCAGCCUCGCUGCAGAAACAAAGGGGGAGAAUGCAGUGACUUGUCCCAGCAGCCAAGCAGUGAAAGAAUUCCUCUGCACUUCAGGAGAACUGGAACAAACGGACAAAGAGAAAUGUGCAGACUCCAAGGCCUGGAAGCAGAGCAUGUUAAAGAAAGUUGGGAUGAAAGCAUGUGCCUCGUUUAUUAGAGCAAGGCUUUUACUUCAGCUUACCCAGUCACAACAGCUCUCCUUUGUGCUAGAGAAUAACAGAAAAUGCCAAAAAGAAAUCGAUGACAAAGUGGCUCUACUUGGUUUUGAUGAAAACUCCUUGCUGUUGAUGACCAAAGCUAUGGGGCAGGAUCUUAUACCAGAAAAACUAAAAGAGGAGUUUCAGGGUGAGGUAAGAUGCAUAGGCCCUUCAGCACUGUCAUCACUGGUAACUGCUUCGGUCAUGGAAUUUGAAAUCAAAUGGUUUGGUAAUCUCCAAGAUGAUUUAUGUCACUUUGAUGGACAAUUUUAGUCAGACAUUUAUCUCCAACCUUCAGUAACAUAGACAUUUUGUUGUAUUUAUUCUUGUAUCUCCAAAUGAUUAUGGCAUGAUGCAUACAAUAAAGUUUGUAUUACAUUUUUUAAGAA